CUUGCUCUUAACGCGCCGCGCGCGCGGGUAGGCGCAGGCCGAGCGACCCGAGAGGAGAAGGCGGGGAGAAUGGGGAUCGAUCUCAACGCCGUGGAGGAGGACGAGCCGGCGGGGGCAGCGGUGUGCGGGGAGCUGUGGCACGCGUGCGCGGGGGCGGGGGUGGCGCUGCCGCGGUGGGGCAGCGCCGUCGUGUACCUGCCGCAGGCGCACCUCGCGGAGGGCGGCCGCGGCGACGGCGUGGAGGUGCCGGCCGGUGCCGCGGCGCGCGUGCCGCCGCAUGUGGCGUGCCGCGUCGUCGACGUCGAGCUACGCGCGGAUGCGGCGACGGUUGAGGUGUAUGCGCGGCUCGCGCUGGUUGCGGAGGGCAAGGUGAAAUACACCAAGGUAGUUGAAGCACUUGAUGAUUCGGAUUGGGUAAUUGCCAUGCAAAAAGAAUUAAUCAACUUCACAAGAAAUGAGGUAUGGGAGUUAGUUGAGCUCUCAAAGCAAAAUGUAAUUGGCCCCAAGUGA